AAAUGUUUAAUAAUUAAAUGCAACAACCUAACACAACAUAUGGACCUGUACCAACAUAAAUGACCCAAAACUAAAAUCGAAAUCCUUAAUAUCCUUCUUAAAUUCCAAAUUAAAAGUAAAUUUAUCCAUAAGUGGUACUUGUGAUUUUAAUAAUUUAUAGAUUCCUCAAUAAUAAACUUAAACAAUUACUUAAACUCCACUAAUGAAUUAAUCUUAAUAAUAAUAAAUUAGACCAAAUGAGAUUUCAAAUAGAUUCGUACCUUAACAAGUAAAAUUUAUAAAUUUUAUAUAUAAAAAUAGGAACCUAAUAAAUCAAUAAGAAACUAAGUUUAACCCUUUUCAUAGUCUCCAUAAAAAUUCAUGAGAAAUGAUAUUCCGAAAUCUAAUCGAAGCUAAAAUAAUUAAUUUCCUUAGGAUUCAGAAUCACAUAAAAUUAUUAAUAACUUUACAGGUUAAAAACCAGCAUUUGUUGAGUAUUUUCAACCUGUUUAUGUUCCUCAUAUUGAACCUAUGAUUACUUAAACUUUAGUUGAUGAUCCAAUUAAAGUAGUGGAAUUAUAAAAAUUUGAAGAAAUGUGGAAGAAGAGGUUACAAGUAAUUGAAGACCUAUUAGCAACAAAUAAAAUACCAGUUGAAGCUGAAACAAUAGAAUUAAGGGCUGUAUAAAAUGAUGAUAAUGAAUAAGUAAUUGAACUUUAAAAUGAAUUAUUUCGAAUAAAAUAAUAGUUAGAAGAGAGAGAUAAAGAAAUUAUAGAUCUUAAAUCAUAAUUAUAAUCUGCAAUUGAAUAACUGGAUUUUGAAAAUUGUAAAUAUUAUCAUAUUAUAAUUAGAAUAAAAUAAAAAUUAAACUACUAUGUAGAUAUCAGAAUUGUAAAUAAAAAUAACUACUCUCUAAUCAAAUAUUAUGAAUCUUAAACUUGAACUCAAAUAAUCUGAUUAAAAUUUAGAAAUAUAUAAAAAAGACAAUUUUUCAUUGAAAAAUGACAUCUAAAAUUAUAUUAUGCAAUGUUAAAUAAAGGAUGAAACAAUUAUUAAAUUGAAUCAGUAAAUAAAAUAAUUAACUUAUGAAAUUUGUAAAUUAUUACUUUAUAUAUAUUUUUAGAAUAAAAUAAAAAUGGAUCAAACACAUAAGUAAAUGAAUUAUAAAUACAAAUCAUAACUUUUUAAUAAAUAAUUGUUAAUUUAAAAGAUGAAUUGUUAUUAAAUUCUUAAUUAAUUGAAAAUUUAUAAAAAGAAAAUGGAUAAUUAAGAAAAGAAAUUUAAAAUUAUAUUGAUUAAUUUAAUUAAAAGGAUGAUUUAAUUUAAAAAUUAGAGCAAGAAAUAUCAGAAUUAAAUUAAUAUGUAGAUCAAUUAACUGAAGAAAUAACAACAACAUAAUCUAUUAAAACUUAUGAAGAAGAAGCUAAAAUUUGGAAAAAGAAGUUUAAAGAAUUAAAUGAUGUUUAUCAUUCAUGUUAAGAAUAAUUAAUGGUAAAAGAAGCAGAAUACGAAUCAUUGUAGAAAUAGUAAAGUUCCUAAAGAAUAGUAACAUAAACUACUGUGGUCUAAUAAAAUAGUUCUAGAUUUGUUAAAAAUGUAAAUUUAAACAAUAAUUUUUGAAAGGAUUCCGAUUUGAUCUCGAGUAGUCUUACUUAAAAUGAUAUUGAGAAAUUACAAAGUUUAUAAAAACCAUUAAAAUUAUGA